UUUUUUUCACAGGGAUCCAUUGCGUGCACACCAAGAGCAUGUCAGACAGAUGAUGAGAAGCUUCUCUGAUCCCUUUGGCCGGGAUCCCUUCUUCAGUAUCACAGAUGGCAGAUCCCAUAUCCGAAGAGGGCAGAACUCUUCCCAGGUGGCUCUGAGAGAAGAUCACAGGGCAUCGAGUCUAAGCCACAUGCCUAGUGCCUCAUGUUCUAGUAUGGUCUCUGAUAUUAAGGACCCUUUCCAUUCAUUUGAUAAUAUGAUGGCCAACUUUAGAAACCGAAUGACCGACAUGCACAAACAAUGUGAAGGAUUGUCAGACAAUCCUGACACUCAUUCAUUUAAGUCUUCUUCAGUAAUGACAUAUUCCAAGACUGGAGAUGAGCCAGCAAAGAUUUUCCAAGCUACUAGUCAAACACGUCAAGCUCCCGGUGGUAUCAAGGAAACUAAAAAAGCCAUCAGGGACUCUGAAACUGGAGUAGAACAAAUAGCUGUCGGCCAUCACAUCAAAGAUCGGGCCCACAUUGUCAAGCAAUUGCAGAACAAAAAGACUGGGGAUCGUGAACUUAACCAGGAGUUUUUAAAUAUGGAUGAAUCGGAGGCACCUUCAUUUAACAGUGAAGAAUGGGACAAAGAAGUCUCCAGAUUCAAACCUUUUGAGCAGAAACUGUCCAUAGAUGCUCCUAAACCGAAACACCACAGUACUCACUAUUCUACUAAGAUUGGGCUCCCAGAUAUGCCCAGAAGGGAGCGAUGCAUUUCCAAGAUGGUCAUCUAG